CCGCUUCCCACGCCCUCGCCCACGCCCUCGCCCUCGCUGCCCGUGCGCCGCCCUGCCCUCUCGCGACUGCACCUUCCCGCCCAACCACCGCUCCAGCGGCACCAUGUCGUUUUCCUAGCCACCGAACCCUCAGCCUCAUAGUCCCAUCACCCACCCGCCGUCGCAAUGGUCAAGGCAGACCCCAAGAAAGACUACUACGCCGAUCUCGAGAUUCCCUACAAUGCCGACGCCGACGAUAUCCGCAAACAGUUUCGCAAGCUUGCCCUCAAAUGGCACCCUGACAGGAAUCCCGGCAACGAGGCCGAAUGCGUCCCCAAGUUCCAAGCCAUUCAGGCCGCCCAUGAAAUCUUGGGCGACCCCGAUCAGAAGCUGAAAUAUGACGCCGAACGGAGAAAGAGAGGCGUCUACGGCACCACGUCGAGAGCGAGCGCGCCGCGCGGCAAUCCCUACCAAGCCACUUCAAACUUCCCUCCACCGCCCCGACGCACCGCGCGCCCGCAACCACAGCCUUCCAGGCCAGAGUAUGCAUCGACUGCUUCACAUGGCGCCAGUCGUUUCACAAACUUUCCCAAGCCCCCUCCAACCUCACAAAAGUCCGACGCAAAACGGAACGCCGAAGAUAAGGCGAAUGUCUUCAAGGCAUGGCAGAACAUGAACCACCGCCCGAAGGCGCCGUCGCAAGGUGCUAUGCCUGAAGGCUACGCGAGAAAAUCCGCAUGGGAAGCUGCAAAUGAAACCAAACCGGGCAUGGGACGGAGCAACAGCACCAGGGUACCGAGAAAAGGUGGUUUCGACCCUGCGACGCCGGGCGCCGAUGAACCACCAGCAACCGGCACCUCGAGCUAUUAUAGACGGCCUGUACCUCCGCCACCUCCAAGUGCUACUUCGCAGCAGUACCCUGAUCCUCUGAAGCGUUUCAAGGAGACGGUGGAGCAGAAUGUCCCAUUCGCAGAGGGCAGCACUCGAGCAAGAUCGCCCUACAAUUCCAUGGGUGGCGAAAAGACCUUUGUAGAUCCGCUUAGACGCUCAACAAGCCAAAAAAACUCUUCAAAACAAACAAGUUCGUCUGAAGAACAGUCGGAGCACUCGGUGCCUCGUCGCUCCACGGGCCGCCAUCACAGUGCCAGCCCGGUUGGAAGGAAGGGCAACGCCACGCGUCCUUUUACUAUGUAUAGCUCUAGCGAGGAUGAGGAACCCUACGAGACAGCGAAACCAAGAUACCAGACUGAGAAGGCAUCGAGGCCUCAAACAGCGCCAAACAAGCAGACAGGUGCAAGCGCGAAUGGGCAUCCGACUCAGGCGGACAGCACCAGCAAUGCUGAGGGCGCCCGGGCUCCAAAGGCUCAACCAACAAUCUUCACUUUCCCCAUCAACCCCGACACGUUCAACGAGACGAAGAGCGAGCAGUCCAAGAGUAAAAGCACAGACUACAUCAACACAACGUUUUCACCAAAAGGUUGGAGUGGCAAGUUCGAAGGCAGUACGGACUACUUCACAGGAACCAUGCCGGCCCAAAGCAGUCGUCCAAAGACGUCGCCGGUUCGAGGUCGGCCCCAGAGCGCCGGGCAGUACAAGACGCAUGCCGCCGCUUUUGGUGCGAGUCAGUUCCCACCGCCACAGGACCAACCGUCGACCGGGUUUGGGCCAUCGGGCACUCCAGGAGGUGUGACAACCCCCGGAGCUGUCAAGUUUUCAAAGGAAACGUGGGUCCAGACAUUCAAAGACCCCAGUUUCAUGCUGCCGACGAACCCACCGAAGCCCCCAUCCCCGGCGAAGGGACCCACGGCUCCUAGGCGGAUGAAGCAGCCGAAAUCGCGAGCCAAUGUAAAGCCGCAGCCAGCCAGUGUAACUGAUGAUGAUGACAGCAGCGACGAUGAUACUGGUAAGGCGGACAAGGCUGAUGUCGCGGACGAGAACGCAAUGGACAUAGACCCUGCCCCAAGCGAGUCAACCACCACUAACGGAGCAGCGAAAGGACCUAGGAUGGUGCCCGUCCCACCCUCGCGGCCAGAUUGGAGGAACCCGCAGGAACAGGACAAGACAACCGAUGAUGCUGACACGAUUCGUUUGGGCGAUCUGAAGAAUGUGGCUCCGUUCACCGCGUCAGACGAAGGCCUUAAAGACCUUAACGACCUUGCCUCUACGCUACCUUUCGAGUCGCGCCCGUCUGCAUCUCACCCGACGCGCACCUCGGAAGCCGCAAGCCUCCGGCUGCCUGACAUGCCAAAGGCACCCGAGGCGCCGCAGCAUCUGACAAAGUCGGCGUGGGCCGAGUACGUGACGAGGAUGGGCAGCUACAUGCAGCAGUUCAACCGGUUCGACUCGCACAUGCUGCAGCACUUUGCAGCGCGGCAGCACGAGGUUGAAGCGAUGGGCACGCCGGUGGCGUGGCUGGGAGCAGUGGGCGACACGACGACGGGCGGUGGGUUUGGAAGCUACAUGCAAGGCGUCAGGGAAGACGAGAGGGCGCGCAUGCACUGGAAUGUUGGGUGGGAGAAACAUCGUACGACGAUGGAGGGAUUCGAGGGGAGCCGGGCCAGGGUGCUGAAGGGCGGACUGACGGGCUGAUUGUUGCACUGCGAGUGGUAGUAGUUAUUAGAUGAGUCUACGAUGUCGAGCUUGAAUACCUACUGCUUACCCUGCGUUUCAGGCAUUGCUCGUUCGGGCCUAGCGGUAGAUCAAACACGAUCUGCGCUGCUCCACAAGUUCCACACGUCAAUCGCUCUCGCAUCCCGGCACGCUUACGAGUCCCCGACGCCCCUACUACGUACGCCCGUCGCCAUGUCGUCCUCUCCCUUUCUCUCCCCUCCCCCCGAAAUUCUUUUUCCAAUGCUCUCUUAAAUAAACAAUGUACUCCAACGA